AUGUUACUCCCGCUAUAUGGUUUAUCAAAGUCAUCUCACUUUGGCCGUGAAUGUAAUCUGAAGCUGGACCACCAUCGCCAAGGAAAUGCCGUUAUCCGUCGACACCUUGAAAGCUUACCACUUGAGACGUUUGAUUCGAUAUUGAUCCUUGCCGACGAGGCUCUGGAGGAUAGUGUGGUCAAUGCUGAUUCCAGAUCGUUAGCUACGCUUUUGCUAAUUCGUGAUAUUCAGUCAAAGCGAUUGCCGCACCAAGCAUCUAAACAUGUACAAGUGCGUGCUGCGGGGGCCUCACAAAGUUCUUGGAUACGUGAAAUGCAACAAGCAUCGGAUCAGUCCAUCAUCAUUAGCGAAAUUUUAGACUCCCGGACCAAAAAUCUCGUGUCAGUCUCAAAGAUAAGUGACUACGUUCUGUCCAAUGAGCUUGUGAGCAUGGCGUUAGCAAUGGUGGCUGAAGAGAAGCAGAUCAACCGCGUCCUGGAGGAGCUUUUUGCAGAAGAGGGAAAUGAAAUGUACAUUCGGCCGGGAGAAAUGUAUCUAUAUGAUCAAGAAGAGUUGAGUUUUUAUGACAUCAUGGCCCGUGCAAGGCAAAGACACGAGAUGACAGAUGAGCAGAUGUUUUUUCGAUGUGUAAUGAUGUACACCAAGAACAAUUAAAUGGUAAAUGCAUG